AGACUUCCCCCUAGAAACUUGCUUGAUUAUUACAUUUCUAGGUUAAGUAGGUUAUGUUAGUAAAAAUCAUGAGUUUGAAAUCGGAAGUGUGUCGCGAGUUGUAAUAAUUUUAAUUAUUACUUAACGUGCAAAGUGUAUAUAACAUGUGAAGUACAAAAUGGAUUAUUUAAUAUUUGUUACGUUUAGUAAGUUUAAGUGUGGUUAUAAAUUUAAUGUUGUUUAGGUUAAUUAAGAAACAUAUUUCUAAAGGAUUAUCUGGAAUUAUGGCUAAACGACUUAAAGUUGAUAAAAUAUCAUCUCAUAAUUCUGAUGAAAAUGAAACUAUAAAUUUUCCAGUUUCAAGUUCUCUUUCAAAUAACAAAAUUGGGCAAGUAAAAUUAUCGGAGGGCUAUGCUAUUUUGCCUCCUCCAAAUAAAUCUGAGUUCGACAAAAAAGAAUAUUCAGUUAUAAGGUUAUCAAAUGGACUAACAGCUUUACUAAUAUCAGAUAAAUCAAAUAUAUUAAAUCUUGAAGAUAUGAAUGAGAACUCAGAUGGUACAUCAGUUGAAAGUGAUAGUGAAACAAGUGAUGUGGAAACUGAUGGAAGCAGUGUCGGCAGUGAUGAGGUCCAAAAUCCAAUUAAAGGUGGUUGUGAGGAAAAACUGGCAGCAUGUGCACUUUGUAUUGGUGUUGGAAGUUUCAGUGAUCCAGAAAACAUCCCAGGCCUUGCUCAUUUUCUUGAGCAUAUGAUUUUCAUGGGAAGUGAAAAGUUUCCAAAGGAGAAUGAAUUUGAUGUUUACAUUAAAAAGAAAGGUGGCUGCGAUAAUGCUUCAACAGAAUGUGAGUAUACUACUUUUUACUUUGAUUGUCAUGAGGCACAUUUACAUGGCGCAAUGGACAUAUUUUCCCAGUUAUUCAUAAGUCCACUAAUGAAACGAGAAUCUAUGACAAAAGAAAGAGAAGCAAUAGAGUCUGAGUUUCAGAUGUCCCUACCUUCAGAUGAAAGCAGAAGAUCUCAGCUCCUGUGUAGUUUAGCCAAUAAACAUAAUCCUGCAAACAAAUUCAUGUGGGGAAAUUUGAUAACAUUGAAAGAUAAUGUGAAUGACAAUGAUCUAUAUAAAGCAGUGCAUGAUUUUAGAUUAAAACAUUAUUCAGCCCAUCGGAUGACAUUGGCAGUUCAAGCAAGAUUGCCUCUAGAAGUUUUAGAAAAAUGGGUAGUUGAGUGUUUUCAAGGUGUGCCAAACAAUGGACUACCCCAUGAUGAAUUUAAACUAUCAGAACCUCCAUUUCAGCCAAAAGAAUUUCAUAAACUUUAUAUUGUAGAGCCAGUAAAGAAUAUUAAUCAUUUGGAUCUCACAUGGGUUAUGCCUUCUACAUUGAAAAUGUACAAAUCAAAACCGUUGAACUAUAUGUCAUGGGUAAUUGGUCAUGAGGGUAAAGGAAGCUUACUGUCUUACUUGAGAAAAAAACUUUGGGGUUUUGACGUAACAGUUAGUAGUGGUGGAGAUGGAACAGAAGAAAACUCAAUAUAUACGUUAUUUUCAAUUUCUGUGCAUUUAACCCCAGAAGGAGUCAAACACAUUGAAGAGGUUCUCAUUUCAGUUUUUAAAUAUAUAAAAAUGUUUCAAGAUGUAGGCCCUCAAGAAAGAUUAUUUAAUGAAAUGCAGUGUAUUGCAGAGACAAGUUUCAGAUUCUUUGAAGAAGUUUCAUCUUCUGAUAACGUUGAACAAUUGUCAGAAAACAUGCACUUCUAUCCAUCAACUGAUUAUAUUACUGGCAUGGAAUUAUAUUUUGAGUAUGACCCUCAGUCAAUUCAAUCAUUUUUAAAGGAACUUAAACCUGAUAAUGUCAACAUUAUGAUUUCAUCUAAAUUGGUAGCUGCUACAGAAAUCCUCAACCAGGUUGAGAAAUGGUUUGGGACCAAAUAUCAAUCAAAAGAUAUUCCCAAGGAAUGGAUAGAUAAUUGGAAUAAUGUAGAAGCUAGUGAGGACUUCCAUCUUCCAAAUGAAAAUAUGUUCAUUCCAACUGAUUUCACAAUUUUACCAAAUGAAAAUGCUGAAGAGUUUCCAAAAAAUAUUGUGAAAGAUGAUAUUUUGGAGCUUUGGUAUAAACAAGAUGCAACUUUUAAGCUCCCUCAUGGAUUUUGCUGUUUGCACUUUAUAUCCCCACUACCUCACGAAUCUGCUCAAAAUUCAGCAAUGUUGGAUUUGUUUAUUUAUAUUUUGAGGCAGUCACUUGUUGAAGAGCUUUAUCCUGCUAAGGUGGCACAACUAAACUAUAGCUUCCAUUCUGGAGAAAAAGGAUUAGUUAUUAUACUAAAUGGUUUUAAUGAAAAACUGAAAGCUCUUCUUUACUAUAUUAUUAGAGGCAUUAAUUCACUAAAAAUGGAUCUUGAUAAAGAUUUGGUUUUUGCAAUGAAGGAUGAACUGAAAAGAAGCUAUUCGAAUUCAAACUUAAAAACUAAUUUCCUUGUAAGAGAAGUCAGAAUGUCAAUCUUACUUGAAAAUUUUUGGACAGCUCUUAACAAAGAAGAAGCUUUGGAAGGUGUUACACUUGAGAAGCUGAAAAAUUUUAUUUCUCAAUAUUUUGAAAAGCUCUACAUACAAUGUCUUAUCCAAGGAAAUAUUUCAAAACACGAAGCAAUCGAAUUUGGAGAGCUUGUAAAAAAUGAGUUGGCUUGUAAACCACUAUCAGCAAAUACUGUGCCUAUUAUAAGAGUCAAUGAACUGCCAUCUGGUGAGAAACAUUGUGUAGUACAGUCGUUUAAUACUCAAGACACUAAUUCUGUUGUAACCAAUUACUAUCAGUCUGGAUUAGGAACGAUUCAGGAGUCGUGUGUUAUUGAGUUUCUAUUAAUGAUGAUGGAAGAACCAAUAUUUGAUACACUUAGAACGAAGCAGCAAUUAGGGUAUGAUGUAUCUUGUUCAUUACGAGACACUUUUGGAGUUCUAGGAUUUUCCGUAACUGUGCACUGCCAAUCUGAUCGAAAUACUGUUGAAUUAGUAGAAUCUCGAAUCACACAAUUUCUUGCAGACUUUAUAAAAAUUCUUAAGGAAACUUCACCAGAAGAGUUCAGUGAAGUUCAAGAAUCACUUAUAAAAUUGAAGAAGUGUGCAGACAUCCAUUUGAAAGAGGAAGUCAAGCGAAAUUGGGAUGAAAUAAAGUUAGAAACAUAUGUUUUUGAUAGACAUCAUAAGGAAAGAGAGUACAUUGAGAAGCUUACUUUAGAUAAAGUGAUAAAGUGGUUUGAGGAGGUUGCCGGUAUUCAUGACACACCAAAAUUCAAGAAACUGUCUACUCAAGUUGUUGGUAAGCAGCAAAUUAAUGAAGUUCUAUUGACCAAUAACAUAAAAAAUGAAAGUGAAAGUUUAGAGUACAUCUUCAAAAAAGAACUGAUCUUUAUCCCACAAAAGGAUACUGGAGGUAAAUUUAUUUCCAAUAUAAAAAAUUUCAAGGACUCCUUGUGCCUUUAUCCAGUUCACAAAAUUGUUUAAAUCAAAAGCUGAUAUUUUGUAUAUGAAGUAAAAUAAAUGUUGUUAUAUCUGAA